CAGACGGGGUUCGCCGACCAAUAGGAAGAGUACUAGCUAUAAAUUUGUUCAGUCGCUUGGGGAUACUUACUUUAGGGUAGGUGCCCAGUAUUCCUUGGUCGAAACCUGUCAUCCUUCUCUCUCUGCCAAGCCGGCGUCCAGUGUUGAAAGCUUUCGGUGAACCAAGCACCAGCCAUGGGAAAGGAGAAGGUUCACAUUAACAUCGUGGUUGUCGGCCACGUCGACUCCGGCAAAUCCACCACCACCGGCCAUCUCAUCUACAAAUGCGGUGGCAUCGACAAGAGAACCAUCGAGAAGUUCGAGAAGGAAUCCAGCGAGAUGGGCAAGGGCUCCUUCAAGUAUGCCUGGGUAUUGGACAAGCUCAAGGCCGAGCGUGAACGUGGUAUCACCAUUGACAUUGCUCUCUGGAAGUUCGAGACCACCAGAUUCUACGUGACCAUCAUUGAUGCCCCAGGCCAUCGCGAUUUCAUCAAGAACAUGAUUACCGGAACGUCUCAGGCUGACUGCGCCGUGUUGAUCGUAGCUGCUGGUACCGGCGAGUUCGAAGCUGGUAUCUCCAAGAACGGCCAGACCCGCGAGCACGUACUCUUGUGCUUCACCCUGGGUGUCAAGCAGCUCAUUGUAGCCGUCAACAAGAUGGACAGCACUGAACCCAAGUUUUCCGAGGCCCGCUUCGAGGAAAUCCACAAAGAGGUUUCCGCUUACAUUAAGAAGGUCGGUUACAACCCAGCAACUGUCCCCAUUCUGCCAAUCUCCGGUUUCAACGGAGACAACAUGUUGGAGAGGUCUGACAACAUGGCAUGGUGGAAGAAGAGGAAGAUCGACCGCAAGUCUGGCUCCUAUGAAUACGAAACCUUGUUCGAUGCCCUGGACAACAUCGAGCCUCCCAGCAGACCUGUUGACAAGCCUCUACGUCUGCCUCUCCAGGAUGUGUACAAGAUUGGUGGCAUUGGAACAGUGCCUGUGGGUCGCGUUGAGACUGGCAUCCUUAAGCCUGGUAUGGUUGUCACUUUUGCCCCAACCGGCCUGACCACUGAGGUCAAGUCCGUUGAGAUGCACCACGAAGCUCUGACUGAGGCUGUACCAGGUGACAACGUCGGCUUCAACGUCAAGAACGUCUCCGUCAAGGAUCUGAAACGUGGCUUCGUCGCCUCCGACUCGAAGAACGACCCAGCCAAGGCUGUCCAGGACUUCACCGCUCAGGUGAUCGUGCUCAACCACCCUGGCCAGAUCCAGGCUGGCUAUUCCCCCGUGCUCGACUGCCACACAGCUCACAUCGCUUGCAAGUUCGCUGAACUUCUGACCAAGAUCGACAGACGUACUGGCAAGGAGCUCGAAGCGAGUCCCAAGGCUGUGAAGUCAGGCGACUCCUGCAUCGUCAAGAUGGUCCCCAGCAAGCCCAUGUGCGUCGAGACCUUCCAGCAGUACCCGCCCUUGGGACGCUUCGCCGUUCGCGACAUGAAGCAAACGGUUGCUGUUGGUGUCAUCAAAGAGGUGUCGAAGAAGGAGGCCGCUGGUAAGACCACGAAAGCCGCUGAGAAGGCAUUGAAGAAGAAGUAACUAUCUGAGAGUGAUCCCCUGGCCUCGGCCAAGUCAGGGGCACGUGUUACCAUGAGCGGGCUGCUUGGUUCCAAAACCACACGAAUAUGUCACAGAAAAGUUGUCAGGAGGAAAAAUGCCUGAAGGGGUAGGGCGUUUCUUAUCACUUUCUUUUCUGCACCUUGUGGCAUGUUACCCAUCACCACCUGAGGAAAAUAUCAUAUAAUAAUAUAAUAUAAUAUUAUCAAAGAAAAGACCAAAGCUUUCAUUAAACGUUCAAUAGUACUACGUCCUCUUUACUUUCCUUUCAUCAGAAACUGAAGAACUAAUCUACGCAAAAUGGUAUACCAUCCAGGUCAUUAAAAGAAAGUCUUAGCAAACACCUUUAUAAGAAUAAUAAUAAUAAUAAUAAUAAUAAAUAUAUUUAGAUGUGCAUGAUGACGAUAACAUGGAAACAAACAUAAAAUAAUAUCUAGAGGAACAGUUUCUUUUCGGGUUUUGAUAAGUGCAGCAAUAUAAAAUCAUUCUCAUAGUCUACUAGUGUUGAACUAUUCGUUUUUAUGUUGCAGAAUUAUUUCAAGACUAUUUCAAGGAUUUUAUAUUUUUAUUUUAUUACUUUAGAUAUUAAUGCAUACUGUAUAUCAUGAUGAAACUUUUAUUACCUUAAUUUUAAAAAGUUAACACACAUUGAAAGGCAAGUCAUAAAUUUAGCAAUAAUCAUUUAAGAAUUAGACCCAGGAAUCAUUGUAAUGUAUUAAUAUCAAAUAAAGAACUGUGUAACAGA